UGUGUUGGAGCGCCGGCGGGAGGCGGCCGGGCCUCUGCGCGUCAGGCCUGACAGCCGGGAGGAAGCUGGGGGAAGAUGCCUUCUGAGACUUUUUGUUUGGCUGCCCAGGCUCGCCUUGACUCCAAAUGGUUGAAAACAGACAUACAGCUUGCAUUCACAAGAGAUGGACUUUGUGGUCUGUGGAAUGAAAUGGUUAAAGAUGGAGAAAUUGUAUAUACUGGGACAGAAUUAACCCAGAAUGGAGAGCUUACUCCUAGAAAAGAUGAUGGCAUUGAUGCUCAAAGUGGGACAAAGAAAGAAGAUCUGAAUGACAAAGAGAAAAAAGAUGAAGAAGAAACUCCUGCUCCUGUACAGAGGGCCAAAUCAAUCCUGGAGAGCUGGGUGUGGGGCAAGCAACCAGAUGCGAAUGAACUGAAGGAAUGUGUUUCUGUACUGGUUAAAGAGCAGCAGGCUCUGGCUGUCCAGUCGGCCACCACCACCCUCUCAGCCCUGAGACUCAAGCAGAGGCUUGUUAUCCUGGAGCGCUAUUUCAUUGCCUUGAAUAGGACUGUAUUUCAGGAGAAUGUCAAAGUUAAGUGGAAAAGCAGCAGCAUUUCUCUGCCUCCUGUGGACAAGAAAAGUUCCCGGCCUACAGGCAAAGGGGUGGAAGGACUUGCCAGAGUUGGUUCCCGUGCUGCGCUCUCUUUCGCCUUUGCAUUCCUGCGCAGGGCCUGGCGAUCAGGUGAGGAUGCAGACCUCUGCAGUGAGCUGUUGCAGGAGUCCCUGGAUGCCCUGCAAGCGCUUCCCGAGGCCUCGCUGUUUGACGAGAGCACAGUGUCCUCCGUGUGGCUGGAGGUGGUGGAGCGAGCAACCAGGUUCCUCCGGUCUGUGGUGACAGGGGAUGUCCAUGGAACGCCAGGCACCAAAGGGCCAGGCAGCAUCCCCCUGCAGGACCAGCACUUGGCCCUGGCCAUCCUGUUAGAGCUGGCUGUGCAGAGAGGCACGCUGAGCCAAAUGUUAUCUGCCAUUUUGCUGUUGCUUCAGUUGUGGGACAGUGGGGCACAGGAGACUGACAAUGAGCGGUCUGCCCAGGGCACCAGUGCCCCCCUUCUGCCCUUGCUUCAAAGGUUUCAGAGCAUCAUGUGCAGCAAGGACACACCACAUGCAGAGGGGGACACACACCUUUUAUCUGGCCCUGUGAGCCCCAACGAGAGCUUCCUCAGGUACCUCACUCUUCCGCAAGACAACGAGCUAGCCAUUGAUUUACGACAGACAGCGGUGGUUGUGAUGGCCCAUUUAGACCGCCUGGCUGCGCCCUGCAUGCCUCCACUGUGUAGUUCACCAACAUCACACAAGGGAUCAUUGCAAGAAGUCAUAGGUUGGGGGUUAAUAGGAUGGAAAUACUAUGCCAAUGUGAUCGGCCCAAUCCAGUGUGAAGGCCUUGCCAACCUGGGGGUCACACAGAUCGCCUGUGCAGAGAAGCGCUUCCUAAUCCUGUCACGCAAUGGCCGUGUGUACACACAGACCUACAACAGCGACACACUGGCCCCACAGCUGGUCCAAGGUCUUGCCUCCAGAAACAUUGUAAAAAUUGCUGCUCAUUCCGACGGUCACCACUACCUGGCCUUGGCAGCCACUGGAGAGGUGUACUCCUGGGGCUGUGGGGAUGGAGGACGGCUAGGCCAUGGGGACACUGUUCCUCUGGAGGAGCCUAAGGUGAUCUCCGCUUUCUCCGGGAAGCAGGCCGGGAAGCACGUGGUGCACAUUGCAUGUGGGAGCACAUACAGCGCAGCCAUCACUGCCGAGGGGGAGCUGUACACCUGGGGCCGCGGAAACUAUGGCCGUCUGGGCCACGGCUCCAGUGAGGAUGAAGCCAUUCCAAUGCUGGUUGCUGGGCUUAAAGGACUGAAGGUCAUCGAUGUGGCAUGCGGGAGUGGGGACGCUCAAACCUUAGCUGUGACCGAGAAUGGGCAAGUGUGGUCUUGGGGAGAUGGCGACUACGGGAAACUAGGCAGGGGUGGUAGUGAUGGCUGCAAAACGCCGAAGCUGAUUGAAAAACUUCAAGACUUGGAUGUUAUCAAAGUCCGCUGCGGAAGCCAGUUUUCGAUUGCUUUGACGAAAGAUGGCCAAGUUUAUUCAUGGGGAAAAGGUGACAACCAGAGACUUGGCCAUGGAACGGAGGAACACGUUCGUUAUCCCAAACUCUUGGAAGGCUUGCAAGGGAAGAAGGUGAUUGAUGUGGCGGCAGGCUCUACCCACUGCCUGGCUCUGACUGAGGACAGUGAGGUCCACAGCUGGGGGAGCAACGACCAGUGCCAGCACUUUGACACCUUGCGUGUGACCAAGCCAGAGCCCACUGCACUGCCAGGACUGGACACUAAGCACAUAGUUGGAAUUGCUUGUGGGCCUGCCCAGAGCUUUGCUUGGUCAUCUUGUUCUGAGUGGUCCAUUGGCCUCCGUGCCCCUUUUGUGGUGGACAUCUGCUCAAUGACUUUUGAGCAGCUGGAUCUCCUGCUGCGACAAGUGAGUGAGGGGAUGGAUGGCACCGCUGACUGGCCCCCACCUCAGGAAAAAGAGUGCAUGGCCGUGGCAACGCUGAACCUUCUACGACUUCAGUUGCAUGCUGCCAUUAGUCACCAAGUUGACCCAGAAUUCCUUGGUUUAGGUCUGGGCAGCAUCCUCCUGAACAGCCUGAAGCAGACCGUGGUGACCCUGGCCAGCAGUGCGGGGGUGCUGAGCACUGUGCAAUCAGCCGCCCAGGCCGUGCUGCAAAGCGGCUGGUCUGUGCUGCUGCCCACUGCUGAGGAGCGGGCCCGGGCGCUGUCUGCUCUCCUGCCCUGUGCAGUUUCAGGCAAUGAAGUGAACAUAAGUCCGGGUCGUAGAUUCAUGAUUGAUCUCCUGGUGGGCAGUUUAAUGGCUGAUGGAGGGUUAGAGUCAGCCUUAAAUGCAGCCAUUACUGCAGAAAUCCAGGAUAUUGAAGCUAAAAAAGAAGCACAGAAGGAAAAAGAAAUUGAUGAACAGGAAGCAAAUGCCUCAACAUUUCAUAGAAGUAGGACUCCAUUGGACAAAGACCUUAUUAAUACAGGGAUCUAUGAGUCUUCUGGAAAACAGUGUUUGCCUCUGGUUCAGCUCAUACAACAGCUUCUUAGAAACAUUGCUUCUCAGACUGUAGCCAGAUUGAAAGAUGUUGCUCGUCGGAUUUCAUCAUGUCUGGACUUUGAGCAACAUAGUCGUGAAAGAUCUGCAUCCCUGGAUUUGUUACUGCGUUUUCAGCGUUUACUUAUCAGUAAACUUUAUCCAGGAGAAAGUAUUGGUCAGACCUCAGAUAUUUCUAGUCCUGAGCUACUGGGUGUUGGUUCCUUGCUGAAGAAGUACACGGCCCUUCUGUGCACACACAUUGGAGACAUACUGCCUGUGGCAGCUAGCGUCGCAUCUGCCAGCUGGCGGCACUUUGCAGAGGUGUCCUGCAUUGUGGAAGGGGACUUCACCGGUGUUCUUCUUCCAGAGCUGAUAGUGUCUGUAGUGCUUCUGCUUAGUAAGAAUGCUGCUGUCAUGCAGGAGGCCGGGGCUGUGCCUCUGCUGGGCGGCCUGUUAGAACACCUGGAUCGCUUCAACCACCUUGCACCAGGAAAGGAGCGGGAUGAUCAUGAAGAAUUAGCCUGGCCUGGCAUAAUGGAGUCAUUUUUUACAGGUCAAAACUGUAGAAAUAAUGAGGAAGUGACACUUAUCCGCAAAGCUGAUUUGGAGAACCACAAUAAAGAUGGAGGCUUCUGGACCGUGAUUGACGGGAAAGUGUAUGAUAUAAAGGACUUCCAGACGCAGUCGUUAACAGGAAAUAGUAUUCUUGCUCAGUUUGCAGGGGAGGACCCAGUAGUAGCUUUGGAAGCUGCUUUGCAGUUUGAAGACACUCGGGACUCGAUGCAUGCAUUCUGUGUUGGCCAGUAUUUGGAGCCUGACCAAGAAGUUGUUACCAUACCAGAUCUGGGAAGUCUCUCUUCACCUCUGAUAGACACAGAGAGGAAUCUGGGCCUGCUUCUCGGAUUACACGCUUCCUAUUUAGCAAUGAGCACACCUCUGUCUCCUGUUGAGGUUGAAUGCGCUAAGUGGCUGCAGUCAUCCAUCUUCUCUGGAGGCCUGCAGACCAGCCAGAUUCACUACAGCUACAAUGAGGAGAAAGAUGAGGACCACUGCAGCUCUCCAGGGGGCACAUCUGCCAGCAAAUCUCGACUCUGCUCCCACAGACGGGCCCUGGGUGACCAUUCCCAGGCUUUCCUGCAAGCCAUCGCCGACAAUAGCAUACAGGAUCACAGUGUGAAGGACUUUCUGUGUCAAAUUGAAAGGUAUUGUAGACAGUGCCACUUGACCACACCAAUCACGUUUCCUCCUGAGCAUCCUGUGGAAGAAGUCGGCCGCUUGCUGUUAUGUUGCCUCUUAAAACAUGAGGAUUUAGGUCAUGUGGCAUUAUCUUUAGUUCAUGCAGGUACGCUUGGUAUUGAGCAAGUAAAGCACAGAACAUUGCCUAAGUCUGUGGUGGAUGUUUGUAGAGUUGUCUACCAAGCAAAAUGCUCACUCAUUAAGACUCAUCAAGAACAGGGUCGUUCUUACAAGGAGGUCUGCAUGCCUGUCAUUGAACGUUUGAGAUUCCUGUUUAAUGAAUUGAGACCUGCUGUUUGCAAUGACCUCUCUAUAAUGUCUAAGUUUAAACUCUUAAGUUCUUUGCCCCGUUGGAGGAGGAUAGCUCAGAAAAUAAUUAGAGAACGAAGGAAAAAGAGAGUUCCUAAGAAGCCAGAAUCCACUGAUGAUGAAGAAAAAAUUGGAAAUGAAGAGAGUGAUUUAGAUGAAGCUUGCAUUUUGCCUCAUAGUCCAAUAAAUGUGGACAAAAGACCCAUUACAAUUAAAUCACCCAAGGAUAAAUGGCAACCACUGUUGAGUACAGUUACAGGUGUUCACAGGUACAAAUGGUUGAAGCAGAAUGUUCAGGGUCUUUAUCCGCAGUCUGCACUCCUCAGCACAAUUGCCGAAUUUGCCCUUAAGGAAGAGCCAGUGGAUGUGGAAAAAAUGAGAAAGUGCCUACUAAAACAGUUGGAGAGAGCAGAGGUGCGCCUGGAAGGGAUAGAUACAAUUUUAAAACUGGCAACCAAAAAUUUCUUACUUCCAUCUGUGCAGUAUGCUAUGUUUUGUGGAUGGCAAAGACUUAUUCCUGAGGGAAUCAAUAUAGGGGAACCACUUACAGACUGUUUAAAGGAUGUUGAUUUGAUCCCGCCUUUUAAUCGGAUGCUGCUGGAAGUAACUUUUGGCAAGCUAUAUGCUUGGGCUGUUCAGAAUAUUCGAAAUAUUUUGAUGGAUGCAAAUACCAAAUUUAAAGAGCUUGGUAUCCAACCUGUUCCUCUGCAAACCAUCACCAACGAGAACCCGUCGGGACCAAGCCUGGGGACAAUCCCGCAAGCCCGCUUCCUCUUGGUGAUGCUCAGCAUGCUCACACUGCAGCAUGGCGCCACAAACCUUGACCUCCUGCUCAACUCGGGCAUGCUUGCCCUCACCCAGACGGCACUGAGGCUCAUUGGUCCUAGUUGUGACAGUGUUGAGGAAGACAUGAGCGCUUCUGCCCGAGGAGCUUCCACCACGGUUCUGGAAGAAACAAGGAAGGAAGCAGCACCCAUGCAGUUGCCUGUGUCGGGGCCAGAGCUUGCUGCCAUGAUGAAAAUUGGGACCAGGGUCACCAGAGGGGUGGAUUGGAAAUGGGGUGAUCAGGAUGGGCCUCCUCCGGGCCUAGGCCGAGUGAUCGGUGAGCUAGGAGAGGAUGGGUGGAUAAGAGUCCAGUGGGACACAGGCAGCACCAACUCGUACAGGAUGGGGAAAGAAGGGAAGUAUGACCUCAAGCUGGCAGAGCUGCCGGCCUCUGCGCAGCCCACAACAGAGGAUUCAGACACAGAAGACGACUCCGAAACUGAACAAAUUGAAAGGAACAUUCACCCCACCGCAAUGAUGCUUACCAGCACCAUUAACUUACUGCUGACUCUUUGUCUCUCUGCUGGAAUUCAUGCGGAAAUCAUGCAGAGCGAAGCCACCAGGACUCUUUGUGGACUGCUGCGAAUGCUAGUGGAAAGUGGGACAACAGACAAGACAUUGUCUCCAAACAGGCUGGUGUGCAGGGAGCAGCACCGCAGCUGGUGCACGCUCGGGUUCGUGCGCAGCAUCGCACUCACCCCGCAGGUGUGCAGCGCUCUCAGCGCCCCGCAGUGGAUCACUCUGCUCAUGAAAAUCGUGGAAGGGCAUGCGCCCUUCACUGCGGACUCACUGCAGAGGCAGAUCUUAGCUGUGCAUUUGUUGCAAGCAGUACUUCCAUCGUGGGACAAAACCGAAAGGGCGAGGGACAUGAAGUGCCUUGUGGAAAAGCUGUUUGGCUUCCUGGGCAGUUUGCUCACUACUUGUUCUUCUGACCUCCCGCUACUCAGAGAGUCCAUGCUGCGGAGGCGGAGGGCCCGCCCACAGGCCUCCCUGACUGCCACUCACAGCAGCACUCUGGCAGAGGAGGUGGUGGCACUGCUCCGCACACUGCACUCCCUGACCCAGUGGAACGGACUCAUAAACAAGUACAUCAACUCCCAGCUCCGCUCCAUCACCCACAGCUGCAUGGGAAAGCCAUCAGAAGGGGCCCUACUGGAGGACUACUUCCCUGACUCUGAGAACCCCGAAGUAGGGGGCCUCAUGGCAGUGCUCGCUGUGAUCGGAGGGAUUGAUGGUCGCCUGCGCCUUGGGGGCCAAGUCAUACACGAGGAGUUUGGAGAAGGCACUGUGACUCGCAUCACCCCCAAGGGCAGAAUCACUGUGCAGUUCGCUGACAUGCGGACCUGUCGGGUUUGCCCCUUGAAUCAACUGAAACCAGUCCCUGCUGUGGCAUUUAGUGUGACUAACCUGCCCUUCACAGAGCCCAUGCUCUCUGUCUGGGCUCAGUUGGUGAACCUUGCUGGAAGCAAAUUGGAAAAGCACAAAAUAAAGAAAUCACCUAAACAGGCCUUUGCAGGGCAAGUGGACCUGGAGCUGCUGCGGAGCCAGCAGGUGAAGCUGUACAUACUGAAGGCAGGGCGGGCAUUGCUUUCCCACCAAGAUAAGCUGAGGCAGAUCUUGUCUCAGCCAGCUGUUCAGGAGACUGGAGCUGUUCAUGCAGACGAUGGAGCAGCUGCAUCUCCUGACCUUGGUGACAUGUCUCCUGAAGGGCCGCAGCCCCCAAUGAUCCUCUUGCAGCAGUUACUGGCCUCUGCCACCCAACCAUCUCCUGUGAAGGCUAUAUUUGAUAAACAGGAGCUUGAGGCUGCCGCCUUGGCCGUGUGCCAGUAUCUGGCUGUGGAGUCCACCCACCCGUCAAGCAUGGGGUUUGAAGACUGCAGCUCUAGCGAGGCUACCACACCUGUCAUGGUGCAGCACAUCUGCCCUGCCAGGGUGAAGAGGCGCAAGCAGUCUCCCACUCCCGCUCUGCCUGUUGUGGUGCAGCUCAUGGAAAUGGGAUUUCCCAGGAGGAACAUAGAAUUCGCACUGAAGUCACUCAUGGGUGCUUCAGGGAACACGUCUGGCUUGCCUGGUGUGGAGGCCUUGGUCGGGUGGCUGCUGGAUCACUCUGAUGUCCAGGUCACGGAGCUCUCGGAUGCAGACACUGUGUCUGACGAGUGUUCAGAUGAGGAGGUGGUGGAAGACGAGGACGGCGCAGCCUACCCUGUGUCUACUGGUGCUGUUGUGACGGAGAGUCAGACUUACAAAAAACGAGCUGAUUUCCUGAGUAAUGAUGAUUAUGCUGUGUAUGUGAGAGAGAAUAUUCAGGUGGGAAUGAUGGUUAGAUGUUGUCGAACAUAUGAAGAGGUGUGUGAAGGUGAUGUGGGCAAAGUCAUCAAACUGGACAGAGAUGGGCUGCAUGACCUCAACGUGCAGUGUGACUGGCAGCAGAAAGGAGGCACAUACUGGGUCAGGUAUAUUCACGUGGAACUUAUAGGCUAUCCUCCACCGAGUUCUUCUUCUCACAUCAAGAUUGGUGAUAAAGUGCGGGUCAAGGCCUCCGUCACCACACCAAAAUACAAAUGGGGAUCUGUGACUCAUCAAAGUGUGGGGGUUGUGAAAGCUUUCAGUGCCAAUGGAAAAGAUAUUAUCGUCGACUUUCCUCAGCAGUCUCACUGGACUGGGUUGUUAUCAGAAAUGGAGUUGGUGCCUAGUAUUCAUCCUGGUGUCACGUGUGAUGGCUGUCAAAUAUUUCCUAUCAAUGGAUCCAGAUUCAAAUGCAGAAACUGUGAUGACUUUGAUUUUUGUGAAACGUGUUUCAAGACCAAAAAACACAACACCAGGCAUACAUUUGGCAGAAUAAAUGAACCAGGUUUGUUUGCUUGUAUUUCCAUAGAGAAACAUUGGAUCUUAAGAAACUAA